AUGAAUACUUAAUCUCCUAAUUAACAAAAAAAACAAUGUAAUUAAUGCAAAAAAGAAGAUAAUUCUUUAAAUUUAUGUGCCGGCUGUUUAGAAGUAUAAUAUUGUUCAAUAGAUUGUUAAAAAAAAGACUGGAAAAAUCAUAAAACAUAAUGUUAAUUAAAGCAAGAAGAAAUAAAAGAAUAAUUAAGAUUAAAAGAAAAAAAGUCAAGAAAAAAUAUAGAUUGGUUUGAAAGAUUAGAUAAUAUUGGCUAAGGAAAUUUCAGUUUAAUUUUAAAAAUGAAAGAGAAAAAAAACGAUGAAAUUUAUGCUAUAAAAGUAAUUGAAAAACGUCGUUUAAAAUAAUUAGGAAAAGAAAAUGAUAUUCUAAUGGAAAAGCAUGCAUUGGAAAAACUAAAAGGCUCUCCUUAUAUAAUUUAAUUAUUUGAUACUUUCCAUGACGAAUUUUCACUUUAUAUAUAAAUGGAAUAUGUUGAUGGUGGCGAAUUGUGGAAUUAUUGCCGUAUUUUUGGCCUUUUAAGUAAGGAUUUAGUAAAAUAUUUCUUCUCACAUAUGAUAAAAGCCGUCGAAUAUAUGCAUUCAAAAGGUAUAAUCCACCGCGACAUAAAACCCGAGAAUAUUCUAGUAAAAUAAGCUGAUAAAAGUAUAAAAUUCUGUGAUUUUGGGACCUCAAAGGACUCUUUUGAUAGUUCCGUAUAAGGUUCAGGAACUGGAAGACCUGGAAAAAAAAGAUAUGAGCAUUUCGUGGGUACGCCUAAUUUUAUGCCACCAGAAUGUAUGAGAAAUAAGUGCUCAGAAUUCGGUUCUGACAUAUAUUCUUUAGGAGGUUCAGUAUUUUAAUUAGUAAGUGGUUUUCCUCCUUUUAUUGGAAAAAGUGAAUUUUUGGUACUUUAUUAGAGCGAAAAAAUGGAAGUUUGUUUUUGGGAAGAAAUAUGGGAAGAAGAAGAGAUUUUAAAGGAUUUAUUAAAAUAAAUGAUGCGAAAAAAACUGGAAGAUAGAAUUUCUAUAUAAGAUAUAAAAAAACAUGAAUAUUUUAAAAAUGUAAAUUGGGAUAAUUUAGGGACGUUUGAAGAGUGUAAAAGGGAUAAAAAAGAAACAUUUUUAUAUAAUUUUAAAGAAUUUUUAAUGGAAAAAUUUGAUGAAUUUAAAGAAAAAGGAAAAGAAGUUGAUAAUGUUUUCAAUAUAUUGGAAGAAAAAGUAAUAAAUUAGGAAGAUUUUAAUUAAAUAGAUAAAUAAUAAUUAAUAAAAAGAAUUCAAGUGAUGAAAAAAUAAGCUAGAUAAUUCUUUAAUAUUGAAGAGUUUUAUUGGUAAAAUGUAGAGUAUUAGGGAGAAGUUGAAAAUUCAGUUUAUAAAAAUUCAAAUUUAGAAGAUAUUGAAGAAUAAGAUAAUGAAGAAAAUUAAAAAUGA